UCAUCUCCAGGAACUUUUUGCAGAGAAGAGUGUUGAUCGUUUUGUGGUUGAGAAUUUGGGGCAAGUAGGCCCAUCAAUCGUCACCGCAAACGCGAUCAUGAAUAUGGCGGCGUAUAAACGGGAAAAUGUGGAGUUUCCCUACUGCGAGGAGGUGUCCAAAUACGAAAAAUUGGCAGGACAAGGAACAUUUGGCGAAGUCUUCAAAGCCAGACAUCGAAAGACACGCGCAGUUGUAGCUCUGAAGAAAGUUCUCAUGGAGAAUGAGAAAGAGGGAUUUCCAAUCACGGCCCUGAGAGAGAUUAAAAUUCUUCAACUUCUGAAACAUGAGAAUGUGGUGUCACUACUGGAGAUUUGCCGCACAAAAGCCACAAUGUACAACCGCUACAAAGGGAGCAUCUAUCUUGUCUUUGAAUUCUGCGUCCACGACCUCGCAGGACUUCUCAGUAACCCGAACGUCAAGUUCUCCCUGGGCGAGAUCAAAGAAAUCAUGAAGCAGUUGCUGAACGGUCUCUACUACAUCCACAGCAACAAGGUCCUCCACCGAGACAUGAAAGCUGCAAAUAUCUUCAUCACCAAGGAAGGGAAGCUAAAGCUGGGCGACUUUGGACUCGCCAGGGCGUUCAGCAUGCCCAAACCAGGGCAGGGCAACCGGUACACAAACAGGGUAGUGACGCUGUGGUAUCGUCCUCCAGAACUGCUGCUUGGCGAGAGGAACUACACGCCCGCCAUCGACCUAUGGGGUGCUGGUUGCAUCAUGGCGGAGAUGUGGACUCGAAGCCCGAUCAUGCAGGGUAAUACAGAGCAACAUCAACUCACACUCAUCAGUCACCUGUGUGGGUCGAUAACGCCGGAAGUCUGGGCGGACGUCACUAAUUUGGACAUGUAUCACAAACUAGAGCUGCCCCAAGGGCAGAAACGGAAGGUUAAAGACCGCCUGAAGAGCUACGUCAAGGACCAGUUUGCCCUGGAUUUGAUCGAUAAACUCUUAACUCUCGACCCCAAGUCGCGGACGGAUGCUGAUCACGCAUUGAACCACGACUUCUUCUGGAACGACCCGAUGCCUUGUAGCCUGUCGGUGAUGCUUUCGAUGCACAAUCAGUCCAUGUUUGAGUAUCUGGCGCCAAAGAGACGAAUAAACUAUGGACCCCACCAACCACCCCAGCAGAGGCAGCCUCCAACUACAAGUCGACCGGGAAAAGCCACCGAUGCAACGUAUGAUAGAAUAUUCUGAGGAUCAUAUCAUGUUGGAUACAAAACUUACUCUUGAUAUGCUAAUAAUUUCAGUGGUGCUGAUUCUGAGAGUUUACAAUGCUUCAAGUUACAAAUGUUGCAUCAGCGCAAUAACCUUGUAUAAAAGUAUUUUGCACAACCGUCAUAUCUUGCACCAAAAAGGUUUCGUGAAAAAAAACAUUGUAUCGUGGUGCAUACUUGUUUUGUAUGUAUUUUUUUCCGGACUAUUUAACCAAAAAAUAAUUAAUUGCCUGAAAUUUCGACCCUAGAAGAGUCUUUGAAGACUAAAUAAUAGCAAAUCAUACAUGAAAAGGAAUCUAAGUUUAACAUAAGCAGUGAAGUGGAAAUAAAUUGACUGUAUUUCAGGCCAUUAACUUUUUGUUGUUUUACCUAAGGUCCUUUUGGUUGGUUAGCAGCUUGCAACAGUUAAUUAUAUUUUCUCUAUUUUAAACAAGAUACAGCUUUUUUGCAAUUUCAAAGUGGCGCGUAAUGUAAGUGCUAUUUUCGGAGAUAAAGUUUUGCAAUGACACAACAAAAUGUGGGAUUGGUAAUCAACGCCAAAGAAAGUUCAUUUCAAUCUGAAUCAGCAAGUUUGUGCCACUGUCAAUCCCCAAGAAAAUUAGUUGUAUCUGGAAUAUCAUCAAGCUAAGAAAAUUUACUGACCCCCUGAAUCACAGCAGUAAAACAAAAAACAAACAGGAUGAACUCAUACAACUCAGAUGUGGUUAGUAGCCGAGCAGGUGUUAUUGAAUCUCACAACUGAAUAUUCUAAACAUCACUCGUUCCUCUUUUCACUGUAAAUUAAAAUGCAUAAUAUAAAUAAAAGGUAACCUAUAAACCCUGUUCUAAAGUGGAAAAAAAA